CUACCACCCUGUGGACGCCACCUCUAGACCUCCCGCAGAAGUCUCUGGGCCCCGGGGGGCCUGGCGGGACAUGGCUUUGGCCACUGUGGCAGCAGCAAGACUGGGCCUCGGUCGGGCCCCUCCGCUCCUCCUCCGGCGCGGCUACCAGACAGAGAGGGGUGUCUACGGCUACCCGCCGAGGAAGCCCGAGAGCCGGGAGCCCCAGGGCGGCCUGGCGCGCCCCCCAGUGGACCAUGGCCUUGCCAGGUUGGUGACGGUGUAUUGUGAGCAUGGCCAUAAAGCUGCCAAAAUCAACCCCCUCUUCACUGGCCAAGCCCUGCAGGAGAACGUGCCUGAAAUCCAAGCCCUCGUGCAGACCCUGCAGGGACCCUUUAAUACCGCAGGAUUACUGAACAUGGGUAAGGAGGAGGCCUCUCUCGAGGAAGUGGUAGCCUAUCUCAACCAGAUCUACUGUGGGCAAAUUUCUGUUGAAACCUCCCAACUUCAGAGCCAGGAGGAGAAAGAAUGGUUUGCCAAGCGGUUUGAGGAACUGAAAAAGGAGGCAUUUACCACAGAAGAGCGAAAACAUCUGUCAAAACUAAUGCUAGAAUCUCAGGAGCUUGACCACUUUUUGGCCACCAAGUUUGCCACGGUGAAGCGAUACGGAGGCGAAGGAGCAGAAAGCAUGAUGGGCUUUUUCUACGAGCUGCUGAAAAUGGCGGCCUACAGCGGGGUAACCGAUGUCAUUAUUGGGAUGCCACACAGAGGGAGGCUGAACUUAUUGACAGGCCUUCUGCAGUUCCCUCCAGAGCUGAUGUUCCGUAAAAUGCGAGGCUUAAGUGAAUUUCCGGAAAAUGUCUCAGCCACUGGCGAUGUCCUGUCUCACCUGACGUCCUCGGUUGACCUGGACUUCGGCGCGCACCAUCCCCUCCACGUGACAAUGCUGCCCAACCCCUCACACCUGGAAGCCGUUAACCCCGUGGCUGUUGGGAAGGCUCGCGGGAGACAGCAGUCCAGGCGGGACGGGGACUACUCUCCAGACGGUUCGGCUCAGCCUGGGGACAAGGUCGUUUGCUUGCAGGUUCACGGUGAUGCUUCUUUCUGUGGUCAAGGGAUUGUUCCUGAAACAUUUACGCUCUCUAAUAUCCCGCAUUUCAGAAUUGGUGGGAGUGUCCAUUUGAUUGUCAAUAACCAGCUGGGUUACACCACUCCUGCAGAAAGAGGAAGGUCUUCCUUAUACUGUAGUGACAUUGGGAAGCUUGUGGGCUGCGCCAUCAUCCACGUCAAUGGAGACAGCCCAGAGGAAGUGGUCCGGGCCACGCGACUGGCGUUUGAAUACCAGCGCCAGUUCCGGAAGGAUGUGAUUGUUGACUUGUUGUGCUACAGGCAGUGGGGCCAUAAUGAGCUGGACGAGCCGUUCUUCACCAACCCGGUCAUGUACCAGAUCAUCAGAGCCCGGAAGAGCAUCCCCGACACGUAUGCAGAGUACCUUGUGGCCAAUGGACUCAUGACCCAGGAGGAGGUGUCGGAAAUCAAAGCCUCCUACUACGCAAAGUUAAAUGGCCAUUUAACUAACAUGGCGCACUACAGCCCCCCUGCCACGAACCUGCAGGCCCACUGGCAGGGCCUGGUUCAGCCUGAAGCUUGCAUCACCACCUGGAACACAGGUGUGCCCCUUGACCUCCUGCGGUUUAUUGGCAGGAAGUCUGUGGAGGUGCCGGAGGAGCUCCAAAUGCACAGUCACCUUCUGAAGAUGCACGUGCAGUCCAGAGUGGAGAAAGUGAUGGAUGGAACAAAGUUAGACUGGGCCACGGCAGAAGCUCUUGCCCUGGGCUCAUUACUUGCUGAAGGUUUUAACGUCCGUCUGAGUGGCCAAGAUGUUGGCCGUGGAACUUUUAGCCAGAGGCACGCAAUGGUUGUUUGCCAGAAGACUGAUGACACCUAUAUCCCCCUGAACCAUAUGGACCCUAAUCAAAAGGGGUUUCUAGAGGUCAGCAACAGCCCACUGUCGGAAGAGGCCGUCUUGGGAUUUGAGUAUGGGAUGAGCAUCGAAAGCCCUAAGCUACUGCCCCUCUGGGAGGCUCAGUUUGGCGAUUUCUUCAACGGUGCCCAGAUCAUCUUUGACACGUUCAUCUCUGGAGGUGAGGCCAAGUGGCUCCUCCAGAGUGGCAUCGUGGUCCUCCUUCCUCACGGGUAUGACGGGGCUGGACCAGAGCACUCAUCUUGUCGAAUAGAGCGUUUCUUGCAGAUGUGUGACAGCGCGGAGGAGGGCGUGGACGGGGAUACCGUGAACAUGUGCGUGGCUCACCCCUCCACGCCCGCCCAGUACUUUCACCUGCUACGGAGACAGAUGGUCCGGAACUUCAGGAAGCCCCUCAUCCUUGCUUCUCCGAAGGUGUUGCUCAGACUCCCUGCAGCUGUGUCAACUCUUCAAGAAAUGGCACCAGGAACAGCAUUCAAACCAGUCAUUGGUGACUCAUCUGUGGAUCCAAAAAAGGUUAAGAGUUUAGUGUUCUGCUGCGGCAAACAUUUCUAUGCCCUGCUGAAGCAAAGAGAAUCUUUGGAGGCCAGGAGGCAUGACUUUGCUAUCAUCCGAAUGGAAGAACUCUGCCCUUUCCCACUGGAUUCGCUGCAGGAAGAGAUGAGCAAAUACAAACAUGUUAGAGAUUUUAUUUGGAGUCAGGAGGAGCCUCAGAACAUGGGUCCUUGGUUUUUUGUUUCUCCAAGGUUUGAAAAGCAACUGGCCUGCAAGCUCCGUCUGGUGAGCCGACCCGCGUUGCCGGUACCUGCUGUAGGAAUUGGCAGUGUUCAUCUAGAGCAGCAUGAAGAAGUCCUCGCCAAGACCUUCACCCAAUGAUGCCCUUCGAAGAAACGCUACUUACUUGUAAGAAAACUGCCACAAAAGGAAAGGCUCGCCCCCUCCACUCUCUCCUCCUUCCAUUAGGUGCCACACAAAGAAUGUAUUCCUCGAAGAUGUUGGGAUUGAUGAGGACAGAGGAGAGGUUAAUCUAGAAGAAUACAUGGAACAGCCAAAGGAAUUGUUCAUCGAGACGUGAAUCCCACAAGUCACUUUUGUCCUUAAAAGUACCAUAGUGUUAUAUUUUGGUAGACCUGCGUGGGUUGUAGAGCUAGGUCCUUAUCCGGAUGUUUCCAGACUCAACUCUUUCUAAUUAACUGGGUAUACCCAGGAAAAGUCCUUGAGUCUGAAUUUAUAGCUGCAUAGGGAUUACCUCAACAUUACCUCCCUAUUUUCUUGACGCAUGUGACUUUCAUGGAUUUUCCCUUU